CUUCAAUAAAACUGAGAUUUUAAACAUGAGAAAAGAUUUGUUCAGUGGGACGCCUUUUUGUUUUCUGUAUCGUAGUGUAUGUUAAUAUUCUGGGUUUAAUUGAAAUUAUAUUAUGUCUGAACGUUUGUACUCAUUUAGAGAUGAAACAACCCGGAGGCGUGUGGGUGAUCACUUUAGAUCUGAUGAAAAGCACAAUAAAGCUCAUGUCUAAUGGAAAUUAAACACAAAGUAUCUAAUGACCGGAUAAAAGCUUGAACUUAGAAGUUAAAAUUCAAAUUAAGCACGUGUUUCACGUAGAGAAUCUGCUCGUUGAAGACCAUUUCAAGGACUGUUCAUCGGUUUAAGGAAGUGACGUCUUUGUUCCUUGAACAUUUCCUGCUAGAUGUCCAACUCAUUCAAAACGACAGCAGGAGGCGCUUCAUUCAUAGUGACUUUAACACGAUUAACAUCACUAACGUUAACACGAUUGUCAUAGAAUGUCAUUAUUAAAAUGUAGAUCAUGUUGUUCGGUGGCUGGCUGCCUGGAACUAACGGAAAUUAAAGUGUUUAGAUCUCCUAAAAAGCAACGGAAAAUGGACGAAUGAUCCACUUAAGUGAAGCGAUAUAUGGCUGAAUAGGUGCUGUACUAACAACUGUAGCACAUCUUAUCUCUGGUCAUGCAGACCCGCUUCAUUGAACGACUUCAUUGUUCUUAACUGGAGCGAUCCAAUAUUCCCGAUCUCUCCGCUGAGGAAAUAAUUGUGAGCGUCUAAACUACGAUACAGUUUCAUCGCCUCUCUCGCAUACAGGUUCAGUAUCAUCAACACGUCUGGAUAAGUCACUUCAGAUCUUUACCACACAUGAGGAUUCACAUCUUCACUGACACCACUCCCACCGCUAUCCACCAAUAAAAGCUGUGAUUAUUUCCAUCAUCCUACUAGUGAAGAAGCCUAUCCAGUCAAGCAGAAAUAAUUCAAGGUGUGACUUCUGAACUCUGCAUGACAUAAUCUUGUACAGAUGGAGGUUGUUGAAAAGGAUAGUAAAGACAUGAGUGAUCCAGAACCAUGCAGAAUAGAAAAUGAAGAUCCUGAAGAACAAAGAGACAUGAUGGAAGUAAAAGAAGAAAAUGAAGAGCUGAAUGAAGUGGAGUGGAAUCAUAAACUGGACCAUCAGUAUCAGAAACCUCGCCAUUUAAUAAGUGGAGAAAAAUCUACUAGUUGCUCACAGACUAAAAAGAAUCUGAAGAACCAAGAAGGAACUAAGAAAACAGAAGCCAGGCCAUUCACAUGCCUUCAGUGUGGGAAGACUUUUAAACGGGCAUCAGAUGUCAAAGGUCAUCUGCGCUAUCACUCCGGCGAAAGGCCAUUUAACUGUGAUCAGUGCGGGAAAAAAUUUAUAUUGGCAUCACACUUAAAGACACACCUGACAGUUCAUACAAACGAGAAGCCGUACUUGUGUUCCAUUUGUGGAAAGAGCUUUUCACGGUUCAGCAUUUUUAAAGAUCAUGAAAAUAUUCAUACUGGUGUGAGAGAUCAUGUAUGCUCCGAGUGUGGGAAUGCCUUUAUCACAGCCAACGCCUUGAAAAUGCACCAAAGAACUCAUACUGGAGAAAAACCCUACAAGUGCUCACACUGUGGAAGGAGUUUCUCUCAUUCAGGAGCCCUGAGAAGACACGAGAGAGUGCAUACUGGAGAGAGGCCUUACCACUGCCCUCUAUGUGGGAGAAAAUUUACCCAAUCCAGUAAUCUACUGACGCAUGUAAAAAAGCAUUGUCCAAAGUCACAUUAAUCAUCUUCAGUUGCAAUGUAAAUCAUGUGAAAUUUGGAAAGCGAAUAAGUAAUACUCAGUGAUAAUAAUUCAGUGAUAUCCUGUCAUUGCUUUUACAUUUCUGAUGUUCUUGAUUAUAUCUGACAAAUAUCAAAUAUAACAUGAGUAUGCAUACUGAUUAAUUUUGAUAAACUUUUGAAAUAAAGUCCAUAUAAACAGUUGGGGUUGCACGUUAAUCCACCACUUUAGUC